GCUGCGGGGCGGGGCGGGAGGAAAAGGGGAAGCCAGCUUGCUUAUCAACAUGGCGGUGGCCCGGGCGGACGUGAAGGUGGACUGAGAGGCGCAGGCCCAGAGGACGGGCCGCUUCCCGCGGACGCGGCCGAGCUUCUCUUCCUCUCCCCGGCGUCCCUUUCUGCUUGGUGGGGGCGCCGCUGCUUCGCCCGGGCUCCUCUAGACCAGGACUGGGUCGAGGCUCUCCCUGUCUUCCUUCGGGGCUGUUCUUCCCUUCCUGGGGGGGCGGGAGGGGUCUCCUCCCUCUCAAUAACGGGGUCGCCCCCAUUUCCUCCCGUCUCUUCAAGCCUUCUUCUUCCCCUCCCCCAAACCCCUUUCAUCCCCUCGGAUUCUUCUGACGACCCUUUUUCUUCCCCAAAUUAAGCGCCUCCGUUUUGAGGCUUGUCCUCCCCCACCCCUUUCCCCUUCCCCGAGAAGAUUGCAAAGGGCUCCUCUUUGCUCUUCCUCCCCCCCAAAAUUGGCUCUCCCCCUUUCUUGUCCCCCCCACUUCUGCCCCGGAUUUCCUCUGCUAGAAAUUAGUGGGGUUCGCCAAAUCCCCCCUUUAAAUAAGAUAUCAUAGACGUUUCCACAGCCUCCCCCCCUCCCCAUGUCCCCCCCUCAGAAAGGUCUCUCCCCUUUCUCUUAACUUAACCUGGCAAAGUUUCUCUUUCUGCCCAAUGUAAUUCCGCCCCCCCCAUUCCCUUGUGAUUUGAUAGCCCCCUCCCCUAUUUUGCUGAAUCCCUCUUCCAGCUCUUGCCCACAGUCCCAUUUUGGGGGGUCCUGGCAUCCCUGACCCAUUGAACUGGUUUCUUUCCUCCAUUUUGACAGAUACACCUUGGUCCCUGCCUUUUUCCCAGGGAGAGCCAGAUGUGCGGACAGUUUUUUCUCUCUCUUCCUUUCCUCCUGCCAGCUGCCUCUUCCUGUCCUAUUUGUCUUCCCUAACCCUGAAACAUUUUUAGGUCCUAUUUGAGGUAGGCUAUCAGGGACCCUUAUAGGGGAUUCAUUCAUUUGCCCUUCUGUUCAGCUCUUGCUGAGUGACUGACCCUUUUCUUUGUUGUUUCCAAAUUGGUACAUCUUUCAUGUCAAUCCUCUGUAAGGACCAUUUUUCUUCUAAUUCAGACUAUGGGCUAACUUUGUUGUAGGAUAACUAUUCCCAGUUGCUGUUGUUUUUUUUUUUCCUCCUUCCCUGUGCCAGUUUGGGAGGCUGAUUCACUGCUGAAGUGCUUUCUGCUCUCGGCAGACUUGGUUAGUAUCUUGAAAUUAAAUUUACAUGUGGGAAACUGGAGUCAAACUCUUCUGAGAGAAGACUGCGAAAGAAGCCUCUGAAAGCAGCCCUGUCGGCCCUCUGUGCACCUUCACCAACUCAGGAUGUCAGAGAAUCAGCCCAACAACACCCAUCAUCCAUUGAACAAUAAUGGGGUGGGUGGGGCCCCUGCUGGCAAUAACCGAGGGGUCCGUAAUCUCAACCAGAACCCUCUCAUCAAUGUUCGGGAUCGCCUCUUCCAUGCCCUUUUCUUCAAAAUGGCUGUCACCUAUGCCCGCCUCUUCCCACCGUCUUUCCGUCGCAUCUUUGAAUUCUUCAUACUCCUUAAGGCUCUGUUUGUCCUCUUCAUUCUGGCCUACAUUCACAUCUCCUUCUCCCGUUCCCCCAUCAACUGCCUGGAACACGUCCGGGAUAAAUGGCCACGGGACGGCAUCCUACGAGUGGAGAUCCAACGCAAUUCCAGCCGUAACCCUGUUUUUCUCCAGUUCUGCGAGAGUGAGAGGUUUCCAGGCAUGGUGAUUGAGCCUGCUGUUGGGGAGGAGGAGGAAGAGGAGGAGGAGGAGGAAGAAAUGACUGUGGAGAUGUUCCAGAACAGCUCCAUCAAGUUUAAUCUGGAUAUCGAACCUAAGAUCUUCCACAAGGCAACUCGGCUGAGUAAUGCCCAUGUUUUGUCCCCCAACGAAAGCCAAGAAUUCUCCUUUGGCAGUGAGCCGUCCUCUAAAGGUAUGCAGCCUCUCAGCGAGACUGUGUCCGAAUUUGAGAUGCUAGCCAAAGCAGUGUGGCCGCAGGAAGAAUACAUUGUGGAAUAUUCUUUUGAGUACGGAUUCCUCCGAUUAUCCCAAAGCACCCGUCAACGUCUGAGCAUUCCCGUCAUGGUGGUGACUCUGGAUCCCACCCGGGACCAAUGCUUUGGAGACAGGUUCAGCCGUCUCUUAUUGGAUGAAUUCCUAGGAUACGAUGAUAUUCUCAUGUCCAGUGUGAAAGCCUUGGCUGAAAAUGAAGAGAAUAAAGGUUUCCUUCGCAAUGUGGUGUCUGGGGAACACUACCGUUUCAUCAGCAUGUGGAUGGCCAGGACUUCCUACGUUGCAGCCUUCGUCAUCAUGGUGAUUUUUACUCUGUCCGUCUCCAUGCUGUUGCGUUACUCACACCACCAAAUCUUCGUUUUUAUUGUGGACCUGUUACAGAUGCUGGAAAUGAACAUGACAAUCGCCUUCCCCGCAGCUCCUUUGCUGACCGUCAUCUUGGCUUUAGUAGGCAUGGAGGCCAUCAUGUCCGAGUUCUUCAAUGACACCACCACGGCCUUCUAUAUCAUCCUCAUUGUCUGGUUGGCAGACCAGUACGAUGCAAUUUGCUGCCACACCAACACAAGCAAGAGGCACUGGUUGAGGUUUUUCUACUUGUACCACUUUGCCUUUUACGCCUACCAUUAUCGUUUCAAUGGGCAAUACAGCAGUUUAGCCUUGGUAACUUCGUGGCUUUUCAUACAGCAUUCCAUGAUCUACUUUUUCCACCAUUACGAGUUGCCAGCCAUCCUCCAACAGAUCCGGAUCCAGGAGAUGUUGCUCCAGAACCAGCAGGUGGGGACCCAGACCGCUGUCCAGGACAACCUCAAUAACAACACGACCGUCGCGGCAGCCAAUUCAGCUGACCAGCAACCCCACCUGGACGCCAGCCCAGCUGGGGCAGGAGAUGGCUCCCCGGCUUCUGGGGAAGGCCACCGCCCCCCGACCUCCAGCGCUACGGUCUCCCUCGGGAACGACUUGAAUUGGAUAGCAGACACAGCAGCUGUCAUCACGGAAGCCUCCUUUCUCUCCAACCUGGGCAGUUCCUUUUUGGACUCUCCGGCCGUUGUGACGAGUGGUGGGAGUUUGCAGGACCCGGAGCCCGCUUUGAACACGGCGGCCCAAAGUUUGUUUAGUAAUGACCGUACGGAAGCGGGCUCCGUCACUCUUGAGGGCACGUCCACCGUUGGGACUUCUGUGACCAAUACACCUCCUCCCGUCACGGUCCACCCAGAGCUGGAAGAUAUUCCUCAGCCGUCAGAGAGUUCGGCAGGCCGAGCCGAGCCUCUGAAGACAGACUCCCCGCAAGGUUCGGCUUUAAGGGGACUCCCGAGCCAGGCCUCCGAAGGACUUGCUGAGAGGGAUCCCACGCCGCUUUCCCCAGAAAAUAUGAUCUCCUGAUCCCACGGAGCCGCUGCUUCUCCCAAACUCCUUACUCUGUAGGAGACUGGAUGGCUUUCCGAUUGCAUUACAUUUGUUUUCUGAACCAAAUUCCUCUUUUAGAGAAGAAAGAGGCACAGCUAGAACGUAAGUUGAAGGAGAGAGCCAUCUUUUUCUCCCGCCUUCCGAGUACCAGGAAAGAAAGAGAAAAGAAAGCUGAAUAAAAAGAAGGGGAAGCGAUUGUAGAUGUCGGUCCCUGCGUCGGAAUCAAAUCCUUUUUGAAAGAAAGCGGUUUCUGCAUCUUUCUCGGUGAAUGGCGUUAAGCCCCAAUGUCUCAUCUCCGCCUCCCCAUCCUCCCGUUCCCCAUACUGCAUGGAAUCAUGGGACGCCCUCUGGGGGGGUCUGCAGGAGAUCUUAAUUUGCAUCUAUCUCCUUGUCUUGGCAUUCAGUUUUGUCCGAAAAGGGUGCUUGGAAACGCCAGGAGAGGGGAAAAAAAAAAAAAAAGAACAGGUAUCAUGACAAAAGUUGUUUUUGGGAUGCACCUUGGAAUUGGGGUGGGUGGUUAUAAAUGACCAGAAUCACCGCAGUAUGGUGAUUAUAAAGAGAAAUCGAUCCUUUAAGCAGAAGAUGCAGCGUGGAAAGUUGGCAUGAACUGGCUCCGGAAUUAUCGACGGGAAUUGUUAUUCGAAGGGUCUAAUACUUGACUCCUAAAAAAAAAAAAUCCUCAUUUUUUAAAAAAAUCAUUUGGAUUACACCUGCUUAUGUACAAACACCAUGUUAAUUUCUCUCAUUUUCUUUUUCUUCUAAAGAGGGUUGUAACUUAUAGGGGUUUAUUUCAAUAACAUGACAGGUUUUUUUGGGGGGGGGGAACGUGUCUUGCCCCACCCACCCCACCCCCAGUCCUUGAACCCAGUCCUUUCUUUUCAAUAACUGAAUACAAGUGAUUCUCGCUCCUUUGGUGGGAUUGCCCCAGUGAGAAGAUGGAAAAGCUUCAUAUCGGUUGUCCUACGCGGGGCUUCACCCGUCGGCCUCCGAGUGGGAGGAGUCCAGUGAGGCGUGAAAACAAACGAGCAGGGACUCUGAGGUUGUGGCCCCUUUGCACCUCGUGCCAGGUGGCUGGAUGGACAGAGGAGCUCAGCAUUUGCUUCGGCUUAACGACCGCUCGGAAGUGGCGCAGGUUAAUGCUUUCAAAGGCCCGGCGAAGAAAUGGCCACUUUCUGAGUUGAAAGCGAGGAGUCCAAAAGAUCGAUUUGGGGCAGGGCGCAUCAGAACACUUGUUUCUCAACCUUGGCCAUUUUUAAGACCAGGUGGACUUCAACUCCCAGAAUCCCCCA